AUGCUGGUGGUCAUUGCUAGCAGCCGGUCCAUACAUUCUCAAAACCCCACCACGCACGACAGCCCGUCGCCGUCGUCGCCAUCGCCAUCAUCAAGCACCGCCAGCAGCCAGGCAACCACGACGACGACGACGACGACGACAACAACCACCACCACCCCCACCACCACCACCCUCCCAGAACCCAAAGACCCCGGAUCGUCCUCCUCCCCCCCUUCUCCUCAAUCCACCAGUACCACCCAAGCACCAACGACAGCAAGCGUCGGCAUCCAGUCCGUGCCCUCCUCGCCAUACUCUCCCCCCUCCCCUCUCAUCGCCGACCGUCAAUCCAGCCGGCGGACAGACCACCCUCAGCACCCCCACCAGCAACAGGGCCUCCACCAUGAUGGCGGUGGGCGCGACUAUCACCACUACUCGGCCAGGGUCCACAUCUGGCAGUAG